AUGAGUGUUGCAGGUGCUGCUUGGACCGGCACGGUCCCCCGCUUAAUCCGAACAUCGAUACAAUGCCCUCGACAUUGCAGUAAUCUCGCUCGCAAGGCUCAGACAAGACAUUUGUCCAGUACCACGACGCCCAUAAACCCUUCCAACAAACGUCGUUUUCCAUCGAGACAGACACGGCUCUUCUCCGCAACGCCGGUCUCCCAUGCGACCAAGGACCCGUACCAGACACUCGGUGUUGGCCGAGAUGCCUCUGCAUCCGAAAUAAAAAAGGCAUACUACGCGCUUGCGAAGAAAUUCCAUCCCGAUACCAAUAAAGACCCUGGUGCGAAGGAGAAGUUUACAGAUGCACAAGCAGCCUAUGAAUUGUUGAAUGAUCCUCAAAAGAAAGCUGCCUACGACCAGUUCGGCGCGGCCGCCUUCGACCAGGGUGCCGGGUUCGAUCCCGGUGCUGCUGGUGCGGGUGGGCAUCCUUUCGGCGGAGCUGGCGGAAACCCGUUCUCUGGUUUUGGCGGAGGCUUUGGAGCAGAGUUUAAUUUUGAAGAUCUAUUUGGUGCAUUCACCGGUGGUCGCCGCGGACGAAGAGGGCCCUCGCCGUUCCAAGAGGAGAUUCUGGUCGGCGACAACAUCGAGGUUCAAACGAACAUCUCCUUCAUGGAUGCCGCGAAAGGUGUGACCAAGAACAUCACAAUCACGCCUCUUGUGCGGUGUGGGACGUGCAAAGGAGAAGGACUGAAACCGGGAUCACAAAGACAGACUUGCAAGUCAUGUAACGGCACUGGAACACGGGUUCAUGUCAUGCAAGCCGGCUUCCAGAUGGCCUCGACCUGUUCUACUUGUGGCGGUACUGGAACGGUUAUACCUAGAGGCUCAGAGUGCAAUACAUGUUCAGGCAAUGGCGUCGUGCGACAGAGAAAGACCAUUUCCAUUGACAUCCCGCCGGGUGUGGAAGAUCAAAUGCGGCUCAGAGUCGCUUCCGAGGGUGACUAUCCUGCAACCGGUGCGACAUCAAAUCCGAAGAUUAGAUCCCAACCGGGCGAUCUAUAUGUUCACAUCCGAGUGGCGCCGGAUGCUCGAUUUAGUCGGAACGGAGCUGACAUUCUUUACACCGCGUCAAUACCUGUUACUACUGCAUUGCUAGGGGGUGAGGUGACUGUCCCAACUCUCGAUGGAGAUGUCAAGGUCAAAGUACCGCCAGGAACGGCAACCGGUGAUCGGAUCACGUUGGGUGGCAUGGGCAUGAAGAGACUCAGUGGGCGCGGCGCUUCUUCGGGCGACCUUCGCGUCGAGUUUAAAGUGUCCAUGCCCAGGUCACUGAGCGCUAAUCAACGGACCCUCUUGGAAAUGUUGGCCGAUGAGAUGGGCGACAAGACGGCGAAAAGGAUCAUGAACCCGAGUCAAUACAAGCAAGGAUCGAACCAAAGUGACAAGUCGUCCAAACCAUCAAACAAGGCCGCAGACCAUAAGAAUGAGGGAUUCUUGAAGUCAGCCUGGCACAAGCUGACGCACCAACAUGAUGACUUGGAGCCUGACACGAACAAGAAAGAGGGCAAGUCAGAGACGAAAGACGAAGAUGAACCCAAAAAAGCGUCAGGCACGGGAUGA